UGCGCAUGCGCGUGUUUAAGGCUUGAUGUCUGCUAGUCAUGCAAAGGAAUUAUGACCAAAGCAAGUUCUGAGUGAAAGGACGUGUGCUGUAACCGUCAUUGACAGUUUAAACAACGCAGGGAAUAGGAGGUGUGAUAUUGGAGGGACCGGGCGAGCUUAAGCAAAGCGAGCGGGUGGCACCAGCGAGCAACGGUACCCGUGUAGCCAAUCGAAACAGCAGUAAACACAGUACGCCCUCCAUAGAGGUAGAAGAUCAGGAAGUAAUAGGUUUAAACCAAGACCUGUGUGUUGGCCGGGUAAGACAGGUGACAUAACAAGGUGGUGAAGACGACGUGGCAUGCUCAAACAGGAUCAACAAUGGAAGAUUAAAAGCUGUGAUGUCACCAUUCUGUCAAGAAUGUAAUGCCACAGAAGUGUCUGCUAUUGAGACAUGUAUAUCACCUUACAAAGCUGGGUUGUCAUCCUUCGGCACAGGAGGAACCUGCAAUCGCAACCUCAUUACACAAGAUGUGUGCAACUCCUAUGGGAACAUCGUUACGUGUGUGAACAGAGCCAGUCUGUCCACAACAACAUGCAGACCCUACAUGAUUCCCCAGAUGGAUGCUAAGCUAGGCAUUUCAUGUAAGGUGAGCGACUUUAUUGAGACCUGUACAAGUGCUCCAAAACUCAACACAGGUUCAGGUGCUGCAAGCUUCCUCAGAAGCACUGGUGCUAGCGCGAUAUUGGUCGCCAUGGCAACCCACGUGAUUCUAGCCGUCUUCGCCUUGCCUGUGAGGAAUUCUUAGAAGUCCAGCUAAUUGAGAGCACUUGAUUUUCCAGAGUUUGGUUGUGAUUACAGCAUUACUGUAGCUUUCUUUUCCUCUCUUAGAAUGUUUGCAGAUCGAACUGUCUGUCCGCAGACCUCUUGCUAUAGGUUCACUAAUUAGUUAACAGGAAUGCGUUAAAUUUUAAAGGUCGCAGAGUUUAUUCGUAGAUAAUUUAAUUAUAUAUGUCAUUUAUUUGAUGGGAAUAAUUUUGAUCUCACUGCUGAUUAACUGUACCAGUUUUACUUUCUCAAAUACUUCUAAAUGUUUUAUACUUUCAAAUUGUCAUUUGUGGGGGCAACUAUGUAAGUUACGCUCUCCUCUCUUCAUAACAUAUGUUACAGGCAUUUUGUCAAGGAUCUGUAUGUAAUUACAGCCUUAACUAUGAUUAGAAAGGCAAAUUUAUGAUAAAAUGACAUCGAGACCAUUCUGACAAAGCAAGCAAAUUUACUAAAACUAGGGUUACAAACUGUACACAGGUACAAACAUUAACAUUGCAUGAAAUGUAUCUUACGAUCAUGAACUCCUACACACACACACAUUUCGUCUCCAUCCCCCUAAAACAACAGGUCAGCCCUGUUAGCCACAGGGAUAUUUUUCAAUAUUCACUAUAAAUGCGACGACAUAUUUUACUGGGAUAUUAAGGCUGGUCAGUUAUUUCUUAACAUCAAAAGAAGAAGAAAAAAACUCAAUUAGUGUGCUUGCUCUCAUUUGUAUCUAUAUUUACAGUGUAUCAUUAAUUGAUGCUUUUUGCUAUUUUUUAUUCAAAUCCUAAUUUUAGCUUUUCAAAUAUUGUAUUAGUUGUCUAUAAAUAAACAUCUUUAGGAAGCUUGUAGUAAGAAAUGGCAUAUAAACACUGUAAGUUUCAUUCUAUUU